AAUAUCACAAUCCCCAGUGAUGGCAACAUUUCCCUCUUCACCCAUGAGCAGCUGGCUAUCUUUCUUCGGUAUCUGAAAAUUGAAGACAGAAUUAUCUCCCAUCUACACCGGAAGCAGGUGGACGGUAAGAGGUUUGCCAAGCUGAAGGACACAGAACUGGACUCUCUGGGCAUUAACAAUCCUGUUGUUGUCUUUUUCAGAAAUAAGAGUAAUACAAAGGGUAAAGGAAAGGGACCGUUCAUGUUGUAG